AUGCUGAGUGUCGUGAGAAAGACCUAGAAUAUUUCCAAACAGAAAAAAAAGAGCUGUCAAAGAACAAUAUGAGUUGGAAACGUGGUCGUCAUCGUCGCUCAUCAAGCGCGGAUAAUGUAUGGUAUGUAGCAGGCUCGUGUGUCGUGUUUUUCCUCUUAGGAAAUCUAUUAAUGUUUCAAACAUAUCAUGGCUUCGUAGAAAACAGAGGGGAACGAUCAAUGCAUGGCGACUCUUUGCAGGAUCAUCCAAUUUCCAUUAAAGAUCUCACCGGCAAACUUCUCGGAAGACCCUUGAUGAUAAAAUACCAGUUCGAUCAGUAUUCCGUGUUUGAAAGCCGACUCAGGAAAUUAAUGGAAAACACACAAGACAGUGGACGGGGUGACAUUUUCACUCAUCAUUUAUCGACGACUGAAACAAAAUUCGAUAAGAACGGUAAUCGACUCUUAAACUGUGAUGAUAUUGAUAAUAUAACGGACAAGGAAUAUAUCGCCUCGGGCUGGACUAAGGCCGUAUAUAAGGGUAUGUACAAAGGGUCCCCCGUGGCUGUAAAAACUGUAGAUAUAAGAGGACAAGACGUUGGGUCAUGUGUAGAACAAGGACGUACCGUAGAAGAUUGUUACUGGAAAGCAGCACAGAAAAUAAUAAAUGAGAUAGUCAUUCUUCAAGGAAUUCCCCAUGAUAAUAUUAUUAAGGUAAUUGGGUUUUGUGUACCCAAAAAGGAUGCCGAUAAAGAUGGUCGAACCGUUGUUAUGGUUACAGAAUUGGGAGAAACUAUUGAUUUGAUCAAACUGCUCCAGAUGUCGUGGGAGGAUCGUUUAAGGAUAUCCCAUGAUGUAACGAAUUUAAUGGAAUUUUUAGCUAAUACACCUUAUGGUUCUGUCUCGAUGAAUGAUUAUAGACGUCAACAGUUUGUUUUAGUUAAUGGACAACUCAAGUUAUCAGAUGUUGAUGACGUAGGUUUUGAUGAACCGUCUUGUACCAAUGAUAAUGAAUGUACAGUUGUAUUUUCUAGUUCAAACUUUACAAAACAUUUAUCGUGUAUUGGGGGAUAUUGUUUAGGGUAUAACGAACAUAGAAAUCUCUUCAACACCGGCCGUCAUUUUACAACGUUCCUCCUCCCACAUGGUGCACCAUUAUUACUAAAACCACAUAUAGAACAAGUUGUCAAUGCUUACAGUAAUUUAACACUUAAUUCUGGACUACUGGUAGAUAAAAUGAAUACAAUAGUUAAUUUAUAUAAAACUGGCAAUUAUUUGAAUAGAACUGUACCAGAACAGCAUAAAACAGAAUUUUUAAAACAUACACAGAGUGAUUUACCUGGUCAACAUGAUUAUAGGUGUAGAUUUUCUAUGUCUGGUGUUGGUUGUACUGUAUCAGUAUUUGAUCAGAGAGAAGCAGAAGAUAUUUGUAAAAUAGAUCCUGAAUGUAAAGGUUUUGUGAUAACUGACCAAAAAACAUGGGCAGGUAAUAUGCCCUUCACCUGUACUUUUAUUGUUUUAGAUGGAGUAACUAACAUCACUUUUAGGGCAAUAAGGGUCCUAUCAUAA